AUGGGCGGGAAGCAAGCAAAGGCCAAGGCAAAGAGGUCACACGUGGCGUCUACCUUAGGGACGACAUGUACACAGUCAACACGGAAUUCAUCAAUUGUCAGUUAUAUCUCCUCAAUUGUCAGUUAUAUCUCCUCAAUUUUCGCCGACAUUCAAGCUUCGACCGGCGGCGGCAUGUUCAGAUCGAGAUUCAGCCCUUUCUUAACAUCAGAUCCGUCGACAUGGUUCUCAUCCACCACCGACGAGGUGUCCGACUCGCUCCACCGCACGCCGCCGUGGGGGAAGAACCCGAAACUCGCCGCCGCCGUCCGCUGCUGCGCCAUCGCGUCGAACAGGAAAAUCGGCCGCCAUCCGGGGACGGAGCUCGGCCCGCGCUCCGCCGCGGCGCCGAGGCGGCGCGUGAGAUCGAGCUCCACGAGGUUACCGCGCUGGGUGAGGUCCCCGCUGGAUGACUCAACGGUGCUGCUCUGGCUGGGGCUGUACGCUGCGGCGGAGGGCAGAGGGGAAGUUGGUCUUGGCCUUGGGGCCGCGGAACCCACGUGCGGCGGCGUCGUACGCACGCGCCGCCUCCUCGGCGGUGUCGAAGGUGCCGAGCCAUACGCGGCUCUUCUUCCCCGGGUCGCGGAUCUCGGCGGCGUAGCGCCCCCACGGCCGCUUCCUUACGCCGCGGUAGCGGACCUCCUUGACGCCGCUGUCCUUUCCGCCGUCGGUGGCCUUCUCCUUCACCAUUAUCCGACACACUCCUUCCCAAAAGUGGAAUUCAGAUUACGUAAUUUGGGGAAAAAAAUUGUGCCGAUAAAUUAA